AUGGCCUACCGAGCGCUACAGAGGCGUUACCCUCACGUUUUUACCGAGAGCGUACGCGCUUGGAUUGCUUCGUUCGUCCCGUCCAAGCCGGUCUGGACGACGCUCGUCCCAGUUGUUGCUACCGGGUGCCUUUGGGCCGGCUACAGUGGCGUCCGCCGUCUAACAUACCGCGCCAAGUACGCCACCCCGGCACGGCAUCGUGGAAAGGAACCGUGGGACGAAGAGGGCAAGGAGAAGCUCGUCACCCGAGACACUGCCCUCUCGCAAGCCUCCCAGUGGGACAAAGCGAUGUCUCCUCCCCCGCCGCCCAAGAAGCAGUGA